UGAUAACAUUGGUGUUGCUGGAAAGCGAAACUUAUCAAGUCAUACACGGAGGCUCUGCGGGUGUCUUGUUCCUCGGCUGGGUGUUUCUCAGCGUCAGCUCGACUAAUAUAUCCUCAAGAAGUGUCUCCGUCUUUCCGCCUAUUUGGAGAUUAAAUGGCACGCUUUUAAACUUAACUUCAGUCCAAUGCACUUCCUCGCUUCACCAGGGAACAAGCAUGGACCCUGCCAGACAGAAACGCCAGGAGGAGAUAACCAAAGCCCUGACUUUCAUACAGUCUUCACUAGCGUAUCCAGAGCCGGAUGGAUACCAGGACUUCCUCACCAAGUUGGUGUGCAAUCUGCUGGAUGAAGGCAACGCCUUCUUCAGGGACGAGGACUGGGAGCAGGCGGUGAGACAGUUCAGUGAAGCCUUGAACGUCUCGAGCUACGCUGAAGCCGAGGAGAUCCAGAUCCCCGAGGUUUUGCUGGAGAGUCUUUAUGUGAACCGGGCUGCUGCCCACCACAGCAAGGGGGAAUAUGAGCGGGGCGUGAAGGACUGCGACCAAGCUCUGACGGUGUGUAAGGAAAGCCGCAGGGCUCUGUUCAGGAAGGCCCUUUGUCUGAAGGAGCUCCAGAAGUACAAGGAGGCGUACAACUGCACCACAGACUGCCUGCUGAUCAACAGACUGGACCAACAGGUGAAUGAGCUCGCUCAGGAGCUGGCCGUCCAUCUCAAACUGAAGAACCGGAAACCAUAUGUGGCUUCAAAGGUAGGAUAA